AUGGUGGUGAGGGACGCCGAUUGGGGUGGUGGGGUCGCCGAUUUGUGGUUUUGUUCUUGUCAUUGGCUGUUUGUUGGUGGAGCCGUCGGCCGAAUGGGGACUUAUACUCGAUGUCGGCUGAGAUUGGUUAGGGCUGGAGGUGACGAUUCGCCGGCUGGAGGUGAUGAUUUCGCCGGCGGAGGUAGAAGAUGGAUUUUGGGUUUCUGUCUCGCUGAUGGUGUUUGGGUGUUUAAGGUGUUCUCUGACGUUACUCAAAAUGUUUGGCUGAAAGUUUUUGGGCUCUUAUUUCAGGUUGAAAGAAUAUGCUUUAGAGUUCAGUUGAUGUAUUGUGUUUAUAUAUGUAGCUUGAUAAGUGCUAUUCAUAUGAAUCAGAAAGCCAAAGAUGAGGCGACAGUUGUUAUGGACCAACUUCAGGGAAUCGAAUCUGAAGUUAAAGCUGUUCACUCAAUGACACAAAGGAUGGUUUUAACUCAGAGUGAGAUGGAGGAAGUGGUACUUAAGCGGUGUUGGCUUGCACGCUAUUGGGGUUUAGCGGUGCGACAUGGUAUUUGCGCUGAUAUUGCAGUGUCUAAGCAUGAGUACUGGUCAUCUUUGGCACCCCUUCUCUUCGAAGUUGUGGUUUCAGCCGGGCAGAAGGCAAAGGAAGAAUGCUGGGAACAAGGUGAUGGCAAUCUGGAAAGGAGGAGUAAACUUGUCCAGGACUUGAAUGAUCUAACUAGUGAAGGGAAUAUCGAGAGUAUGCUCUCUGUCGAAAUGGGUUUGAAGGAGCUUGCUUGCUUGAAGGUUGAAGAUGGCAUCGUGCUUGCACUGGCUCAACUGUGGCGUCUGAGCUCUGCUCGACAGACUAUGUCAGGUAAUCUCUGCCCAAGAUGUCCUCAGGUGACCCAAAGUUUAUGGAGGCAUUUGGCAUGGCUUACAUAUUUUUGGAGUAGAGCCAAAUGUCUUGGUAUUGAGGAGGACACUGCCAAGUCACGACUUCAAUUUUGGAUUAGCCGUAGCACACAUUCACCAACUUCACAUGAUGCUGUUGAUGGUACACAACCAACCUCAAUCACAGGACUGUCUUAA